UCCUGUUCUGGUAGGCCGGAAGUUCCGGGAUUUUUUAUGAGUUCCGGGAUAUUCUGGUUUGGUUGUAAAGUUCCGGUUCCAGCACGGGACCAAAAAAUUAGAUCCGAUUCCGGAUCCUGUCAAAAUUUCAGUUCCGGUCUCAGUUCAUCACUCAAAACCCAAAACCGGGAGUUUUCGACUCCCAAUCCGAUAGAAAAUUUUUGGAAACUCCCUUACCCUAAACCGGGCCCGACUUCUUUCUCAACUCGACACAUCCCUGGUCUACUAUUUUUUUCUAAAAACAUUUUACUUAAAUUCAGCAACACCAACAAUAAAUCAACAACAAAGACAAACAAACCAAGAAGAAGAAGAACAAUCAACUUCAUCGUCUUCAGAAACUACAGAAGUUGAACCUUCUUCAAGCAUUAAUAAUGAUGAAGGGGAGGAAACAAAUUCUAACGAUUUUGAUAGUGAUUCGCCCGAUUCUUUUGAAGAAAAACGAUGGGAAGAAUUAACAAAAAAACAAUCAUCACAUUGAACACAUUAAAACAACAAGGACGUCUCGUUCUCUCAAAUAAGGGUAAAAUCAAAGUUGGACUCAAUUAGCUAAAAAUACUCAAUGAAAACAUUUUAGAAUCUUUUCACACAAAAUAUCGUUCGUGAAAAAUGUCGUCACGGCCAAACUUGGGUCAGAUGAAACUACAAUUUGUACGAUUUUGGCCGUGGUGGUGUUUUGAUAAAACGAUCUUUUGUACUUUUGCCUUCAAAAUUCUCUAAGCCUUUUUCUCUUCCUUCUCACUGUCUAUAUUUUCUCUCUCUCUAUUUUCGACUCCUCCACAUUCUGCUAAAAUACAUUUUGCCAAUAAGGCUAAAAAAUGACUUUUUGUCACAGGUUUGUAGACAAAGUGUCCGUUUUUACCCUUAUUGGCAAAAUGUGUAAUUGGCAAAAUGUCGCACAAAUACGCUUUUUGUUAUCAUUUUUGUUGUAUGAUCUCUUUUUUUUAAUGUUAAUUAUGAUUUUGUUCCCAGUUAAAUUUUUUUGUUGUGAUGAUUUUUUUUGAUGAUUUUUAACUGAUAAUUU